GACCUCGUAGUAUGCGGCCGGAGCUCUUUGGCCGCGCCCGUGUCAUAUAAACUUCUAAAUUUAACAUCAUAUUAUAUCUGACUGUUGACAGUGUUUUGUUACGGUGCAGGGGAUUUUAACACAUGUUGCUGAACGGCAUACGGUUUAAUAUAGCGUGGCACAAGCCUGGGUAGUUUUACCGUCCUUUGUGAGACAUGAUAGGUUUUAUUGGCAUGUGACGCGGGUAGGCAGCAUGCGGGGCGAGCGCUGCCGUGCGCUGGCCGCGCUUGCAGCGCUGCUCGCGUUCGGGUGCUGUUCAGCCGAAAUGGAACUCACCACCGCCUCGUUUGAUCCAACGAAACGUGGUAACAUGAUGUACGGUGACGCCUGCUCCACGGUUAUGGAGUGCGGCUUUCCUGAAUCAAUAUGCGAUGAAGUACAAAAGAUCUGCCGUUGUCACUCUGAUUAUCCUGUUACGAACCAUGUGGACAAGUGUGGUAAACCGGCUGGGGUAAACGAAACGUGUAUCUUCAACGAACAAUGCGAGGAAAUGGUGUUCAAAACGGAGUGCAGAAACGAUCGUUGCGUUUGCAAGUAUGAAAUGGUAGCGGAAUUGACUUCAGAUGGUGGUGUCGUUUGUAACCCGGUCAAGCAAGUUGAGGAGUCCACGCAGACUCUGGAUCCGGCUAUGAUCGGUGUGUUAGUUGGGAUGGCUCUGAUGUUUGUCAUCAUCUGCGUAGUCCUGCGUUUGUUUAGCAGAGCUAGAUGGCGGGAGAAUCGCACUAUAUUCAACACACCCAAUCCACGGCUCAUGAACGUUUCUCUGUUACGUGACUCCAAGCUACUUCAUGCUCAGGAUCGCCGUGGCUCCCGUGUGAGCAUGCGUCCUCCAUCACGACAAGCCAGUCAACAGGAACUUAGACCACAUUCACCAAUUCCUGCAGCACGACAUCACCAAAGCCAUCAGCUACACCGAAAGACCUCAGGUUCCCGCCGUGGAUCCAGAGCGAGCAGUGGACACUCGGCCACAUCCUUGAGAUCAGCGAUCUUAAGGUCCCCAACAGCUGCUGGACCUGCAUCCGUCACCGUCGAGAUUCGUGCACCAGAUGCUUAAUGUACCAAAUAAUAUAUUAAAUAUACGUCAACAAUAUAUAACAACAGAGACGAAUAUUUACAUAUAUGAAGCAUUAUUUCUAUGAGUAAACGAUGGACUUUAUUAAUAUUAUAUGACAAAUAGUCCAAUUGCUUACAAUAUUUGUGAUAAACUUCGACAUUAUAUUUAGCUAAUUAUAGUUAAGAUUUUGUGCUAUAUAGCAAUAAAUUCGUGCACUAAUAUAUGUUUCAUAACCAGCCACUUGAUAAGUGCCUCUAAAUAAAAUGCGUGGAGUUUUUCUGUCAUUAUAACAAUUUUUAAUAAAAAUAAAAUCAUAAUAUAAUUUUAAGAAUAUAAAAGUUAUCAUAAAAAUAUGUUACAGAUUUAUUCAAUUAGACACAAUAUAAUAUUAAGUGUAGUGCACUACUUAUAUUCAUUAUUGUUAGGUUUAUUAGAAGAAUAGUUAUCGUGUGAAGAUUUAGCUUUUUUGGCAAUAAAAUUUUGCUUCUUAGCAUUUUUGUAGUAUGAAAGUUAAAGUCUAUUAUUAAAUUUAAGAUUAAGCAACUUGUUUCUAUUUUUUGAAAUUUCUCAUAAAGAUGCUAGUUCUGUCAUACCUUGCCUUAGAUGUUUUAGUAAGUCUUAGUCAUAAAUAAUAAGCAAAAUAAUUAAGAUAAUUUUUUCAUUGGGGACCACCUCCUUCGAUGGGAGUGUUCUGAGAUUCGAUUGUGGUUAGACAUUUCGAGAUGGAAGGCUUAUACGUCGCUUUCAGUAAAUUAAGAAUAUCGUAUAGCUUUAAUUUGUUUAGAGCAGAGAUCACUGAAAUGUCUAUGAGAGUUGUGAAUCUAUUAUAAGAAUUCUUUGUUUAUUUUCACUUAAUGUUUCCAUGUGUAAAGUCGGGGAAAUUUACACAUAAAUAAUAUAAGGCUUAACUGUGCACUGUGAGAGCUUAGACCAAUGAAAAGCAGACGCACAAGCGGUAAAUAUGUAGAUACGUAAUUGGUAUUUAGACAUAAUUCAUACUUGAAAUAUUUCAUCGAUUAUUAAGUGCGGGUGACACAACAAUCAGGGGAAGAAUUGAUGUCUCACUCGAACUUUGAAUAAUGCAAGAAAUUAUAAAAUAAGUCAUUUGUAUCUUUAAAUAAAAUAUGCUCACGAUUUAUUAUAUAUUUCGAACACUGUGCUAGUUUAUAUUAUAUCUAUUAAUGCUGUAAUUUACUUAUAUGAACUUUUAUUAUAACUUAUACUUCUAAA